GAUGACCCUAUUGAAAAGGCGCAGGCGGCAGCUCGGGGCUGCACUCGGGGCCGGCGGCUGCAGCUCGUUGGCACCUUCCCCCUCCCUUAAUUGCUCCUCAGCCAACUCCAUGUGAGCCCGGCCGGGUACAAAUAGCCCCGCGCCGCCUUCCCCCCCCACACCGCGCACCUCGCCCACGCCGCACUCCCGUUCAGUUGGGCGGUGGCCAGCCCGCCCCGCACCCUCCCGGGCAGCACCAGGGCACCCAGCCUGGACACCAUCUCCGCACCUAGCUGCACCCCGGAGCCUUUUGUUUGUUGGUCACCCACAGGCACCAUUUCCAAGCCCAGCCCAGAACCGCAGCUCCCCCGAGAGCCUCCUGCCCCCAAGAGAGCCAAGCCCGGGGGAAGCCCUGCGAUCCCUGGACAAAGACGCUACAAAGAACCCAGGACCGUCCACUCAGCCCCCUGCACCCCCGCCAUGAGCAACCUCAACAAGGAGAGCGAGCACAGUAACAGCAGCAACAACAUCGAGGAGGAGGUACGGACACUCUUUGUCAGUGGCCUUCCUGUGGACAUCAAACCCAGAGAGCUCUACUUGCUCUUCCGACCGUUCAAGGGCUAUGAAGGGUCACUGAUCAAACUAACAUCAAAACAGCCAGUUGGUUUCGUUACCUUUGAUAGCCGAGCUGGUGCUGAAGCAGCAAAGAAUGCCUUAAAUGGCAUCCGCUUUGACCCAGAGAACCCCCAGACAUUGCGGUUGGAGUUUGCCAAAGCCAACACCAAGAUGGCAAAAAGCAAGUUGAUGGCCACACCGAACCCCACUAACAUCCACCCUGCCUUGGGCGCACACUUCAUCGCACGGGAUCCCUAUGACCUGGCUGGAGCAGCUCUUAUUCCGGCAUCUCCAGAGGCGUGGGCUCCCUACCCACUGUACACCACAGAGCUAACCCCUGCCAUCCCCCAUGCUGCGUUCACAUACCCAGCUGCUGCUGCCGCCGCUGCUGCCCUUCACGCUCAGAUGCGCUGGUAUCCUCCCUCCGAAGCUACCCAGCAAGGAUGGAAGUCUCGUCAGUUUUGUUAGUUUUUCACCACUGAUGUGACUCCAACCCAAAGACUGCAUAGGAAACUUUGGCCAAAUCAAUGCUAAACAUUGGCCUGGGUAUGUUGCAUUAAGGGUCUGAAUGUCAGAUCUGUUCACUUGGCUUGGAGAAUCAUUAAAGGUAAUGAAGAGUAAGUGUGUAAAAACUGAAGAUCCUGGUAGUAAACUUCAAGUCCCAGCUUUACCACCUGAGCAGGAAGGAGGCAGCCUGUCACUCACUGUGCGUCCUGUGAUGAGGGUGAACAUCUUAUCUGCCCCACAGGUAAUCUCAAUGGCCUGGUAAAUGAAUUAAGAGCAAUGCUUAGUGUGCCCUGUCUCUUAUGUUCCAGAGUCUCUUCUUGGCUUGUUCCCUUUUGUCUCUCCAUGGAACGAUGUGCCAGGGAUGAAGUAAUGGAUCCAUCAAAAUCCAUUUUGGUUUGUGGACACUCCGCAGUAACCUCACAUUUCUCCUGGUAUGGAGUUGUGGGCUUCCCUGUUAGACUGUGAAUAUAUCCAUACCCACCCAGCUCAGUGGACUGCAUUCUGCCUGUCCUCUCCCCUGCUUCCCCUCCUAACAGAUUCCCAGACUGAGUUUCUCCUUCCUGUGCCACUGAAGCCUCGAUUGAGGGACUCAAUCCUGGUGGUAACAGACGGGUUCAUCCCUACCAAGACACUGGUGCCAAAUGAGGCCUAGGUGUACAGAGCAAUACCCAGGCUGCCUUGCCCUCAACUUUAUGCAGCUCUGCUGAAGGAAACGAAAGACAAUCAGUUUUGCAUGUUUUCUGGCAUGAAUUUAAAACACUUAACUUUGUGUAUGUGUGAGUGUGUAAGUUUGUUCUUGCAUUUGUGUAACUGUAGCAACAGGUCUUGGCCUAACUCUUGAUCUAGCAAGGUUUUUCAUCUUGCUUCUGUGAAGACUUGGCUUUCAAAAAUGCUAUCCUUGUCUCACCCCUCCUUGUCCACCUCCCCAGCCCCGCAUUCUCCAGUCUGACCAGAAGAUUUGAAAAAUGUUUGUUUAGAGUACAAUGCACUGGGUUUCUUUUCUUGUCCGGUCUCUUCUCUUGUUUUUAAAGUCAGGGUUAUCUUUUUUCCCUCAGACUUUAUAUGUAGAACAGCUGUAAAAUAUCUAACUUUUUUUCUUCCCCCUUCCCCCCCCCCCCACAUCCUUCUGAUUGGAGAGAUUCCAGUGUUGCCAAAUCAGCUAUCCUUAUGGGAGUUCAGAACAAAAAGUACGAGUAUUUUUGUACCAUCUGUAAUGAAAUAUUUAUGCAUCAUAAAGAAUUUUUGUGUGUUUUUUGUGUGCAAUUAUUAAAGAGAAACUGUAAUCCGGUAAGAUAAGUUAAUGUUUAGUUAAAAGCUUGAAAGAAAAGUUUUUUCUGUAACAAUGAUUGAGUCAGGCGUAGUAAACGAGAAACUGUGCAAUUUUUGUUUUUUAUUUUAGCAUCUUAUUGCUUGGUAUUGAAGUGCUUAAGUAUUCUAUACAACCAUGGCUGUCUUGCUUGUAUUAAGACUUCUGAGAAUAAGUUGCUAUAGAAUUGCUGAUCCUAUGAGAAUGUGAAACUGGAUAAUAUAUGAAAUGCAAAAAAUAUACCCAGAGGCUGCUGUGACUCU